CAAGCAAGGCCCGGCCAGACGGCCACCCACCACUACCCGCAAUCAAGUCCCCAUUCACUCGCCUGCGCUUCCUCUCCUCGCCGCGCCGCCCGGCUGCCCCCCACCCCACCCCUCCUGCACGCAAGGCCAUGGCUCCGAUCGCUGUCGGCGACUCCCUCCCCGACGGCCAGCUCGGGUGGUUCGACGAGAACGACCAGCUGCAGCAGGUCUCCGUCCACGCGCUCGCCGCCGGCAAGAAGGUCAUCCUCUUCGGCGUCCCCGGCGCCUUCACCCCGACCUGCAGCAACCAGCAUGUGCCAGGCUUCAUUACACAGGCUGAGCAGCUCAAAGCCAAGGGUGUAGACGAGAUCCUGCUUAUCAGCGUAAACGACCCAUUUGUCAUGAAGGCAUGGGCAAAGACUUACCCUGAGAACAAACAUGUGAAGUUCCUUGCUGACGGGUCUGGAGCAUACACCAAGGCACUCGAUCUUGAGCUUGAUCUUACAGAGAAAGGACUGGGUGUCCGCUCCAAAAGGUUUGCUCUUCUGGCAGACGACCUCAAGGUCACUGUCGCAAACAUCGAGGAAGGUGGACAGUUCACAAUCUCUGGUGCUGAGGAGAUCCUGAAAGCGCUUUAGGAGUUUGAUCUCUUCUAUCAAAAAGCUCGGCAAUGUUGUGGACACCAGUCUAAUUUGAACUUUGAACUCAUCUUUGAAUAACUUGCCGUCGGACAAGAUCAGUUCCAUGAUGUAUAUGAAACGGUCGUCGUUGAGUCAUGCACAAUUUGGUAUUUUCAUAUGUUAUAUUCGCCGGUUCGAGUAACUUUCGAUUCGUCGUUACACAAA